CCGCAACCGCUGCAGCAGCUUCAUCCGAUAAUCUCCAUUCUUUCAAUCCAACAGGAGACAUUGCAGUUCAGUGUGAUCCCAAACUCACUACCAUCGCCUCAACUGAACACUCUCCCUCUCAUCGACAAUGGCCGCCAGAAACACCCUCCGUCGCGCCCUUCUCUACAUCCCGGGCUCCUCCCAACGCUUCAUCGAUAAAUCCCGCACACUAACCGCCGACUGCGUGGCCUACGAUCUCGAAGACAGCGUAACUCCGCACAAGAAAGCGGAAGCUCGGUCCCUGGUGCGGAGAGCACUCGACGAGCCCGCACCGCAGGGAAUCCGCGAACGAGCCGUACGAAUCAACUCCGUGGACAGCGGCCUCGCCCUAGGCGAUCUCACCGAAGUGCUCAAAUCCCCCAAUCUCACAACAAUCGUGAUCCCCAAAGUCAACACCCCCUCGGACCUCACUUUCGUGAACGAUGUCAUCACGCACACUCUCUCCCAACAACAACAACAGGAUCCUUCCACCCCGAGACCUCCAAUCUCCCUCCUCGCUCUAGUCGAGUCCGCCAAAUCCCUCACAAACCUCACCCAAAUCUGCGCCUCCACGCCCCUCCUGCAGGGCCUCAUUUUCGCGGCCGAAGACUUCGCACUCGACCUCAGCAUCACCCGUACCCCGUCAUUAACUGAAUUCCUCUUCGCAAGGUCUAUGAUUGCUACGGCUGCUCGCGCUGCGAACCUUCCCUCUACUAUUGAUUUGGUCUGCACAGCGUACAAAUCUACCAAGGGGGACGGGUCCCCGCCUGCGGUGCUGGAGGAGGAAUGUCGCGAUGGGAGACGGCUAGGGUUCAAUGGGAAGCAGUGUAUUCAUCCGUCGCAGGUGGAGACGGCGCAGGCGAUCUUUGGACCGGAUCCGGAGGAAGUUAAGUGGGCUGUGAGGGUGUGUGUGGCGGAUGAGAAGGCUGCGAGGGCUGCGAGGGCGGGACGGGGUGCGUGGACGCUUGAUGGGAAAAUGAUUGACGUGCCGGUGGCGGAGAAGGCCAGGGCGGUGGUUAGGAAGGCGGAGGCGUGUGGGUUUGAUGUUGGGAAGUUGAAGGAGGAGUGGGGGCAUCAGGAACCGGAGUGAGCAUGCUUGUACUAGGUGGUGUUUGUGUCUUGAGUGAGAGGAGUUAUAUAUACAAAAAUUCAGUCAAGCCAGUUGACAAAUUAGGAGUAACUAUUUAUGGUACUUGUUGGAUGAGGGGAAGGUAGAACCGAAAUGAGAUCAAGAAAAGAUUUGAGUAGAUAGUCUA